AUGCCAAAAUAUUACUGUGAUUAUUGUGAUACAUAUCUAACACAUGAUUCACCGAGUGUACGAAAAACUCACUGUCAAGGACGUAAACAUAAAGACAAUGUUAAAUAUUUCUAUCAAAAAUGGAUGGAGGAACAAGCGCAACACUUAAUCGACGCAACAACAGCGGCAUUUAAGGCUGGAAAAAUUGCGUCUAACCCUUUUGCAGCAAACAAGGGAGCAGCAAUUCCACCACCUCCAAACCUUGGACCACGUCCUGGAGUACCACCACAGGGUCCACCAGGUAUGAUGCCACCUCCUGGAAUGCAUCCUGGUGGCCCAAUGGGUCCAGGUGGUCCGAUGAUGAUGGGACCACAUGGACCAAUGCCACCAAUGAUGGGUAUGAGACCACCUAUGAUGGGGCCUAUGGGACCAAUGGGGCCAAUGAUGGGUCCUAUGGGACCUAUGGGUCCAAUGAGACCUCCAAUGAAUGGACCACCACCACCUAUAGGAGGACCUCCACCGAUGAAGAAAUAAUGAAGAAACAUAUAGUUCUUACCAUUAUUAAC